ACUGUCAAUAUGUAGCUUGCAGGGAUUCUUAUGUUAUGGUUUAAUGGCUCACAUUUCUAUUUGAGUUUGACAUCACUUUUUUCAUAAAAGUGAAAGCAAAUUUAAAUGAUAUAUAUUAAAUGAUUAACUUUACUGUAAUUUCUUUCCUCACAAUUACUUUUCUAUUUAGCAAAACAUCUUUAUUAGGAGUAUCAUUUAAUAUUCAUAAUAUCUCUAUGGCAUAAAUUUUAAAAUAACAUUUAUCUGAAUGAACAGAGAUUUUAAAUUCUAUUCAGCACAUUCAGUAUUAAAUGAAUGAGAAAUCUUUGAAAAUUGCUGAUAUGAGUAUAGAAAAUCCAGAGAAAGUAUCAAUUCACCAGAAGGCAGAUUAAAAAGUAUUUCACAUCUUAUUUCCCAAUAUUUUAAAUGAGAGUUUAUUGUAGUCAUUAUUUAUAGAUAAAGCAAUUUUAGUGAUGUGACAUCAUGAAACCAUUUUAUCAGUAUGGAGAACUUUUAUAGUUUGCUUAUCUGCUUAAGGUCUUUCUCAGUAAAAAUAAUGACUAGGACACUGAAUUCAGCAUUCUGAAUUCUCACUAUAAUGGAAACAGUGGGACAUCAACAUCAACAAAUCAACAACUUUGUUGAGAGUUCAAUAUGACAGUAUUUUCUCUACUGUUAAAAUUUGCAAUAGGAAAGAAAAGAAAUUUUUGCUAUAAUUGAACUGACCAGGAAAUGUAUUUCAUAUACAUGGAAAGGUUUCCAUCCUGGCUAAGGAGUUUCAAUGGGAUCUCAUAAAUUGAAUAUUUAUAGUUCUAUGUAUCCAAAGAUCAUGGACAAACAAAUACUAUUUGACCUGGCAAUCCAAUGACAUGGCUCUAUUUGUUGUCUAUUUUGUCAGUUGUUAUAUAUCAAUCAAAAGUGCCUCCUACAUGCCAGGCAUUGUACAAAAUACUAAACAAAAAGGGGCAAAAAAUAGAUCCUAACUCCUAGCAGCUCACAAUUUAGUAGGGAGACAACAUGCAAUCAAGUCAAUCUCUCUCUCUCUCUCUCUCUCUCUCUGUGUAUUAAGUUUUAUACUGGAUAAAUAGGAAACAAUUAAGAGAGAGAAGGAACUUUAUUAUCUUUAUCAGGGUUCAAUCAAUUGAGCAAAUUCCUGGUCCUAGCCUUUGACAAGCAAAAGACUAGGGGAAGAGAAAUGAUUGUGUAUAGCUCCCCCCAAAAUGAAUAUUGCAAAUAUUACAAUAACUUUCAAUGACACUGUCACAUUUAGAAUAAAAUUAUAAACUUGUCAGACUCAUAUCUGAAACCUACUUCUGCAUCUGUUUCCGGCUGGCAUUUCUGGGUUUAUUACACUCCCUUUUAUAAUCUAGCCAGACUCCAGACUAGCCUAUUUGCUGUUCCUUUAAAUGUCUUCUCUGAGUCUUUAUAAAAGAUGUUUCUGAUUGCCAGAUUGUACUCCUUAGCUCAACCCCAUAUUUUAAAAUAAAAUUCCUAUUUCUAAGGAUAAGUUCAGAUGCAAUAUUCUAUGGGAAAUCUUUUCUGAUAUUCCAAGUUGUUAGUACUUACCCUCUUCAAGGUAUAUUUUCUAUACAAAUACAUCCAUCUAUCUAUCUAUCUACCUACCUAUCAUCCAUCCAUCUAUCUUUUUUGCUUACUUAUUGUAUUCUCUAAUAUCAUUAAUAAUUCAUUUGUAAUAAUGAUAACAGCCAAUACUCAUAGUGUGCUUUAAAAUUAAUGAAAGAUCUGUACAAAUAUCAUCACAUUUCAUCCUCACAAUAUCCCUGGGAGGUAGUUGUUAUCAAUAUCCCAUUUUUAUAGACAAGCAAAACAAAGACAGAUGGAAGUAAAGUGAUUUGUCCACAAUCACAGUGAUUCUGUCCAAUGGUUCUUUGAAACCCAUACAUGUCCUUUUUCAAAGAAUUGAUGUAACACAAUACUGGGUAUCAAGUAGAUAUUUAGACUACAUUUAGCAAUAAAUUCUCCUUGACCUACUUCCUCAAUACCUUGCCACUUCCUUACUUCUCAAACCUUUGCAAUCUGUUUUCUGAUCCCAUGACUCUACUGAAAAUUUAAAGGUUACAAAUGACUUUUGAAUUGUUAAAUCCCAUGAACUUUUCUCAGUCCUUAUCCUUUCUGACUUUUUAGUACCAAUCAAGUAACUAUUAACAAUACUCUCUUCUGAUUUUCCUCCUAUGUCCGAUCAUUUCUUCAUUUCUGCCAAUUUACCCUCAUCUUCCUUUUGCUCCCUAAAAAAGUGUGACAAAGUCACCUCCCAAUCUGCUCGUUCUCUGAAUGAUCAUUUAUUCUUAUGUCUUUAUCAUUUUUAUAGAUACCUCUAAUCUAUAUACUGAGUCAUAAACACUCCCUUAGAACUGCACCUUAAAUUCAACAUUUUUUCAAAACUAAACUUGUCAACUUUCCCCUGCACCUGUGCCUUCUUCUAACUUCCCAUUUAUGUUCCUACUAUCACUAUUUUCCUAGCCUUGUAAAUCUGAAGUCAUCUUUUUUUUCUAUAAUGUUCAUGUUUUUCUUGGAUUUUUAAAAAUUUAGUUAGUUAAGUUUUAGUUGUUCCUCAACGUUUCUCAUUUGAUUAAAAAAAAUUUUUUUUUUUAAAGUUUUUCUAUAAAUUUUCUCUGGGCAGGAGCCAUUUUAUAUUACUCUUUGAGAUAGAAGAUUUUUUUUUUUUUUUUAAAUUUCAAUGUCUUCCUCUGAAGAUGAACCUUGGUCUUUCCUAUUCCCAUUGUAUGUUUCCAAGGUGGGUUUUUUUUCCUUCUUUGCUGGUUCAUUUUUUUUUUUUUUUUAAAAUUAGAGGUAUUAGUGUAAGCAUGCACUCACUGUCUUUCAUACAAAUUAUUACAAUGCUAUUGUAAUUACCCUUUUUUUGAGGAAAAAUAUAGGGGGAAAGAAGAUUACAAAAAUGGUUGGUAAAAGUUUUUGGAAUUAUGGGAAAUAAUAAAAGUAUUCAAAAAAUCCCAAAUGGCAAAAUUACUGAAUUAAUUUAAAUGUGUAAAAUAAAUAAAAUAUGUAACUUAUGCAACAAAGAGAUUUAGGACACCAGCUUUCUCUUUUACAUAUCCUCACUUAAGAAGGCAAUGUGGCAACAUGGAAAGAACACUGAAUUAUACUCACAAAACCCAAAUAUAAACUCCAGAAUUACCAAGUGUUAGAUAUGUAUCCCAGACAAGUAAUUUAAAUCACUAGGGUUUCAGUUUUCUCAUUUGUAAAAUGAGGCUGCCUAGAAUGUCCCUUAGGUCCCUUUCAGAGCUAACAUACUGUACUUCUGUGAAAAAAGGAAGUGUUUGUAUUAAGUACAGCUUUCCAUCUACAUUUAUUUGCAUAUUUGGUAGCCUUCAUUUGAAAAUUGGAUGGAGAUUUUAUUGAUUCAGUAUUAGAUUAUUAGAGUAGCCUUUGCCCCCAACUUUCUAAUAUCCAUAAUCUAACUCUUACAACUUUUUUCUGAAAUGAAGAUUCCCGUAUAUACACCAAAAUAUUGGCAAGUUCAAGUCUAGCCUCAGACACUUAUUAGCUUUGUGACCCUGGGCAAGUCAUUUAACCAUUUGCCUUAAUCCACUGGAGAAGGAAAUGGCAAACCACUCCAGUAUUUUUGCCAAGUAAACCUGGGACAGCAUUAAUAUGCUAUGGUCCAUGGCAGGAAGAACAUCCUGCAGGUACAAAGAGAAUGCUAGUGAGCUGUCAUCAGUUAAACAUCUGGUUUGAAUCAUCUUAAUUUUGAGUAGAUGAACUAUCAUCUGAUCCUUUCCAUAUUAGUGUUCAGUCUCCCCCGUAACCAAUUCUAUAUAACCAUAACAUGACUAACCAAACUUCAGACAUUUUCCCCUCUGUGGAAAAACAAAACAAAACAAAACAAAACACUAAGUGGUUCCACUUUCUUUUUUUCUCUUUCUUUCUUUCUUUUUUUUUUUUUUUUUUGCAUAAUUUGAGUUAGAGAAAUAACCAAAACUUAAAAUAACCAAUAAGGAAGUGCAGUUUAUUAACUUCCUGAGAUCUUAAGGAACUAAAAAAGAUUUUUUUUUUCAAUGGUUACAUUUACUAUAAAUACUGAAGUUGUUGUACACCGAACUCUAGGCUCUUUUGUUUGUUUUGUUUUUUAAACAACUUAAGAUAUUCUUCCAAGAAACUACAUCUACUAGAAUUGUAAAGAAUUAGCUUCUGCUUUUCUGACAUACAAAAAUUUUGGAACAGAGCCUGGAGUAACUGAAGUUUGAAAUCUAUCAUUGGUGAAUCUAAAAAUUACAGCAUUUCACACAGAUCCUGCACUACGUACAAGGAAAUUGGUAAAAAUGGAUUACAAUUCAACAUAUCUUCAACAAUCAGUGGCUUCUUUAAUUGUUUUACCUGUCAUUUAUAACUUUCUGUGCAUUUUAGGCCUUUUGGGAAAUAUAUUCUCACAAUGGGUAUUUUUAAGAAAAAUUGCUAGGAAAACAUCAACACACAUCUACUUAAUAAAUCUUGUGACUGCAAAUUUGCUUGUAUGUAGUGCUAUGCCUUUUAUGAGUGUCUAUUUCAUGGAAGGAUUUAAGUGGACAUACAGUUCAGUAGAAUGCAAGGUAACCAAUUUCUUGGGUACUCUGUUCUUGCAUGUCAGCAUGUUUGUUAGUCUCACCAUUUUAAGUUGGAUUGCCAUAAGCCGUUAUGCUACCCUCAUGAAAAAGGACCUCACCCAAGAAGAGCAUGCAUCAUUCUAUGAAAAAAUAUUUUAUGGACACAUACUAAAAAAAUUCUGCCAGCCCAAAUUUGCCAAAAAGCUGUGCUGUUUUAUAUGGGGAGCUGUACUGGCCACAGUAAUUCCAAUUACUAUUUAUUACUCUGUUGUGGAACUUAAUCAAGGAAGUAAGAAAAUGUGCUACAGUAAAGAGUCAGAAUGUGGUACUGGCAUUUCUCAGAACGCAAGAAUUUUUGGGACUGCAUUUGUUGGUUUUUGUUUCCUAGUGGUACUGUUGUCAUACUACUCUUUUGUCAGCUAUCUGAAAAAAAUAAGGAAAAGCACAACUAUUACAAAACAAUAUUCCAUUUACUAUUCAGUGAAAACACACCUUUUAGUCAUUCAAUUUCUACUAAUAGUUUGCUUUCUUCCAUAUAGUAUUUUUACACCCAUUUUUUAUGCCCUAAACAAAACAAAUGACAGCCAACAGCUGGUGCAUUUAGUAGAAAUAAAAAAUUUCCUCAUCUGUCUUGCUGCUGCCAGAAGUAGCACAGAUCCUAUUAUAUUCCUUUUACUAGAUAAAACAUUUAAAAAGACACUAUAUAAUCUCUUUGGAAAGGCCAAUGCAGCACACGAAAACAGUGUAUCUUAGCAUCAAAUCCACACUGAGAAUGGGGAAAGUACACAUACAAACAUCAAUAAGAAACUGGAUGAUUAAUAUCUUAUAGUUAUGCUGAUGCAAUAAAAUACAAAAAGAUAUAUACAAAAUGCAAUUUGUAGUUGGGCUUGUGGUUAUUUUCAAAGGCAUUAGCUCAGUUUCCACAUAAAAAUGAAACAAUGGUAACUUUAUUAAUCCUUCAUAGAAAAUGUUUACAUAACUAGAAACCAAUCUAUUACAGCCAACACAAAGGUUCAUAAAAAUGAGUGUUAGUAACUCUUGGAAUUCAGAAUACAUAUAUGCAUAAGAAAAUCUUGGUUUUUAACAUUUCACAAUGUGAUUAAAGUGGGAACAUUACCAAGAUGAUUAAAAUGUGAAUAUGAUUAACAUAAUGAUCAUAAGCUAACUGUAUCAUAAGUUAAUUAGAGAAACAUGGAAACCUCUAUCUGUCACAUCUGUGAAUAAGAGAAGAUUUUAUAUCAAACUCAAAUAGAGGGCCAUUAGGAGUAAAAUGGCCUUAAUUAAUUACUUUUUUACACUUAAUUAAAACUUUUUUACACAAACAAAACCAAUGAACUCAAGAUUAGAAAACAAGUAGUAAGCCAGGAAAAAUAAAUUACAGCAAGUUUCUAUGAUAAAGGUCUAAUUUCUCAAAUAUAUAAUUACAUAUGCAUUUACACAAAUGUAUAAAGAUAAAAGUCAUUCUCCAAUUGCUCAAAGGAUAUGAACAGGCAGUUUUUUUUUUUUUUUUUUAAGAAGAGAUCAAAGGUAUAAGGACAUAGUAAAAAGAUUCUUUAGAACUAAUCUCUAAUCACUACUGAUUAGAGAAAUGCAAAUUAAAAUAAUUGAGAAGUACUACCUCACACCUAUCAGAUUCACUAACAUGACAGAAAAGGGAAAUGACAGAAUGUUGGAAGGGAUAUUAAAAAAUUGGAACAUUAAUUCACUGUUGGUGCAAUUGUCAGUAAGUGCUGUCAUUCUGGACAACAAUUUGGAACUAUGCCCAUAGCCUAUAAAACUGUGCAUAUCCUUUGACCCAGCAAUACUACUAUUACAUUUGUAUCCUAAAGAGAUUUUUAAAAAGGAAAGGAAAAAGACCUAUAUGUACAAAAUAUUUAUAGCAGUUCUUUUUAUAGGAGUAAGGAUUUAGAAAUUGAGGGGAUGCUCAUCAACUGGAAGGACUGAACAAACUAUGCUUUAUGUUUGGAAGAUGGACUACUACUGUACUUUAAGAAAUGACAACCAGAUUGGUUUUGGAAAAAUCUAUAAACUGAUGCAAAGUGAAGUGAGCAGAACCAAGAGAACAUUGUACACAAUAACAGCAUUAUAAAGAUGAUGAAUUAUGAAAGAUUCAGCUAUUUUGAUUAAUGCAAUGAUCCAAAAUAAUUCAGAAGGACUUGUGAUAAAAAAAUAUAUAUAUUAUAUGCCUUUGGAGAAAUGAUGAAUUAAGUACAAAUCAAAGUUAAUUCUUUCACUUUAUUUUUCUUGCUUGUAAUAUUUUCUACAACAUAACUAAUGAAGAAAUAUGUUUUGCAUGAUUUCACAUGUCUGACUAUAACUGUCUUCUCAAUGGCUAAUGGAGAGACAGGAAGAAGGGAGAGAAUUCAGAAAUUUUAAAAAAUUCAAAAAAUAAUAAAUUUAGAAAUAAAAAAACCCUAGUAUUAUAGAAGAAAUCCUAAAUUUCUGGCAUUUUCAGUUAAUUAUAAUUAAAUAUAUUUCCCUUCAUAGUUUGACAUUACUUAAACAAAAAAAAAAAAAAAAAAACUCCUCAGCUUGACAUUUUUAAGGUCCACCAAAAUUUGGCUCUCACUUAACUCUCCAGCAUUGUUUCAAAGUAUUUUUCCCCAACAAAUUAUGUUCCUUGAAUGAAUUUGAUACCCAUCUCCUAAAGUACAAACCACUUUGGUGGUUUGGAUACUAGAAUACUCUCCCUCCUCUUCUCUGCUUUUCAGAACCUAAUUGAUCUCUUUGUGAGUUUUAAAUAAUUACCAUUAUGUAUUGUAUGUGACAUUAUUAUUAGAUGGAAAAAAUUAUCAGAUUCAUUUAUUAAAAGAUAAUCUUCAAUGGUUGACAAAUAUUUUACAAAUUCAUGAAAUGAUUUUAUCAUUUAAUCAAACUGCUCUUUUAAGUAUACAAACUUAAUUGUGAAAUUUUAUUGUAUAAAUUUCCUAGGAUGAUUUGUUAAAAGUAAUUAUGUUACUUUUACAUGUAUAUGUGUUUAUGUGUAUCUACAUAUAAAAAUAAUUAUGUAUGUUCUUCGAUUCUUUUUUCAAAAAGUAAAUUACUUAAACAAUCCAACAAAAAACAGUCAUUCUUUAACUAAGACUUCUGACUGCUUAAUCGGUAGUCACCAAGAAACAAAAUAACUUGUCCAGGUACCUAAAAAUAAAAGAAGGUACUGAAUUCAACUUUAUAGAAACAUCAACUACAAAGUAAUUAAUAAAAUAUUAGAUUAAGAAAUUA